AUGUCAUUCUUUCAACCGCAAGUGUCAAAAGCUCAACAGAAGCACAAGGCCGACCCAGCACACCAACCAUGGGUCGAGAAAUAUCGUCCGAAGACCAUAGACGAUGUUUCUGCCCAGGAACACACCGUAGCUGUCUUACGCAAGACGCUGACUUCAACAAAUUUGCCGCACAUGCUGUUUUACGGCCCACCAGGUACUGGCAAGACGUCGACCAUCCUCGCCUUAGCACGUCAGCUCUUCGGACCAGAUAACUUCCGCGCAAGAGUAUUGGAGUUGAAUGCUUCAGAUGAACGUGGUAUUACGAUAGUCCGAGAGAAAAUCAAGAACUUCGCGCGUCAAACUCCUCGCGCACAGGUUGUCUCAUCGGACGGAAAGACACACCCAUGUCCACCGUACAAAAUCAUCAUCCUGGACGAAGCAGAUUCAAUGACCCAGGAUGCACAAGGAGCCCUGCGACGCAUCAUGGAGACCUAUGCCAGGAUCACCCGCUUUUGUCUCGUGUGCAAUUAUGUUACCCGCAUCAUUGAACCGCUAGCCUCAAGAUGCUCUAAGUUUCGGUUCAAACCUCUCGAUCCUACCUCCACCUCAAGUCGUCUUGCUCAGAUUGCUACAGCUGAAAAUGUCCCAGUCACGGACGAUGUGAUUACCGCCCUUAUUAGCACCUCGCAUGGUGAUCUACGUCGCUCUAUCACGUAUUUACAAUCGGCGUCGCGUCUGUCUAUGUCAACCUCUCCUCCGACACCUGUCACUGCCAGCGACAUUCAGGAAAUUGCGGGGGUAGUGCCUGAUGCUGUGAUUAACGAUUUUGCAGCGACACUCGGAGUGGAAAUCCUCUCCUCCGACGAAAUGAAGGUUGAUGGCAUUCGAGCAAAAGGAUUUGACGAUGUGAGACAGAAGGUCAAGGAUAUCGUUCGGCAAGGGUACUCUGCCUCUCAGAUACUUUCACAACUUCAUGACCUCGUCAUCGAACAUCCUACUCUCACCGCGCGUCAAAAGUCGCGGUGCGCACUUGUGUUCGCAGAGGCCGACAAGGCGCUCUGUGACGGUGCCGACGAGGAGCUGUGGAUCCUUGAAGUCGGUCUACGAGUGCAUAAAGCCCUCGCUUCAUGA